CCUAACAAACAAGUUUAGUAUCAGCAGGCCUUCUGCUUUUAUGCUUAAUUUAACGGCGAAGCCGAAACAAAGAAAGCGAAAGAAAAACGAAAACAGAGAAAGGGAAAGAGAUGAGGUUGCUAACCCACAACAUGUUGUCUUCAAACAUCAAGGGGGUUACCAAUGGCUUCCCUCUUAGGAUCGAAGCGGAAAAAGUGGUGGAGAAGCAAGUCGAUAUCAAUCACGAUUUCCUCCGCAACAUUUUCCCCAAGAUCGACUGGAAAGCCCUGUCCGAUGCUUCCAGAAUCAUGGGCUUCGUCGAGCUUCCCGAGGAGAGACCUGAUCCAUCGGCGCUGGACUCCGACCUUGAGUUCUUGAGAAUGUUCCAUCACUCCCUCUUGGAGCUUCAUCUCGAGGAAGGUGCCCUUGUUUGCCCCGAGACUGGCAGGAAGUUUCCGGUUAGUAAGGGGAUCCCUAAUAUGCUUCUUCAUGAGGAUGAGGUUUAAGUAAAGGGAGAUCUGGUUAUUUGAAUUAUGGUUUUUAGUCAUCUUCGUUUGUUGUUUUAAUUAUAUAAUAUGUUAUAAAAGAGAUUGAGAAGUGAUUAGUGAAA